ACUUCACUCUCAACCGGAACCGUCGGCAGUAUCUGUGAAUUCCCUCUCCGUCUGUUGGUUUUCGGAGAACUUCUUCUCUCAUUUUCCUGAUCUUUCCGUUUGUUUCCAGUAAAAACUAGAGAAAAUGAGGGAAAUCCUCCACGUGCAGGGCGGACAAUGCGGGAACCAGAUCGGAUCCAAGUUCUGGGAGGUGGUCUGCGACGAGCACGGUAUAGAUCCGACUGGAAGGUACACUGGAAACUCAGAUCUGCAACUGGAGCGGGUGAAUGUGUACUACAAUGAGGCUUCGUGCGGGAGAUUUGUUCCUAGGGCUGUGCUCAUGGAUCUGGAGCCUGGGACUAUGGACAGUGUGAGGACUGGUCCUUAUGGCCAGAUCUUCAGGCCUGAUAAUUUCGUUUUUGGGCAAUCCGGUGCCGGAAAUAACUGGGCGAAGGGGCAUUACACUGAGGGUGCGGAGCUGAUCGAUUCGGUUCUCGAUGUUGUGCGGAAGGAGGCUGAGAAUUGUGACUGUCUUCAAGGUUUCCAAGUGUGCCACUCACUUGGUGGAGGCACUGGUUCUGGAAUGGGAACUUUGCUGAUUUCAAAGAUCAGGGAAGAAUACCCUGAUAGAAUGAUGCUUACUUUCUCUGUGUUCCCAUCACCCAAGGUUUCAGAUACAGUGGUGGAGCCAUAUAAUGCCACCCUCUCUGUUCAUCAGCUUGUUGAAAAUGCAGAUGAGUGUAUGGUUCUUGACAACGAGGCUUUGUAUGACAUCUGCUUCAGAACCCUCAAGCUAACCACUCCUAGCUUUGGUGAUCUGAACCAUUUGAUCUCUGCAACCAUGAGUGGGGUCACUUGCUGCCUCAGGUUCCCAGGUCAGCUCAAUUCUGACCUCCGGAAACUUGCGGUGAACCUCAUUCCCUUCCCCCGUCUACACUUCUUCAUGGUUGGGUUUGCUCCUCUCACCUCUCGUGGGUCUCAGCAGUAUCGUGCACUAACAGUCCCCGAGCUCACCCAGCAGAUGUGGGAUGCCAAGAACAUGAUGUGUGCUGCAGACCCACGUCAUGGCCGCUACCUCACUGCCUCAGCUAUGUUCAGGGGCAAGAUGAGCACCAAAGAAGUGGAUGAACAAAUGAUCAAUGUCCAGAACAAGAACUCUUCAUACUUUGUUGAAUGGAUACCCAACAAUGUUAAAUCAAGCGUUUGUGACAUUCCACCUAGGGGUCUUUCCAUGGCAUCAACGUUCAUUGGUAACUCUACCUCAAUUCAGGAGAUGUUCAGGCGGGUGAGCGAGCAGUUCACAGCUAUGUUCAGGAGGAAGGCUUUCUUGCAUUGGUACACUGGGGAAGGCAUGGACGAAAUGGAGUUCACCGAAGCUGAGAGCAACAUGAAUGACCUUGUGUCUGAAUAUCAGCAGUACCAGGAUGCAACAGCUGAUGAGGAAAUUGACUAUGAAGAUGAGGAGGAACCUGAACAAGAUAUGUAAGUCGAUCAUAAGAUAUUGCUGAGUGCUGCUCUGCCAUUCCGUUAUGGUAAAAUGUGCCUAAAUAUUUUUCUACUACUUGAGGGGUUGAGCCAUGGGAAUUGUUUGAUGUCUUUUCUGUGUGACGAUUAGCGGGCAAAUAGUAGUAGUUGAGUCCCCAAAAAUGCCCGUUUUCCUUUCCAAUUGAAGUAGUUUGAUACCAGUUGUUGCGAGAUGUGGAAAGUUCAAAAUGUAUCCUUUUCAUUCCUGCUUGAAUUUCAGCAUAUUGCCUUUUUCUACACAUUCCGUGAUGGUCUGUUUGUUUUGGUUGAUCCGGAAUUAAUUGAAUUAUUGACACUACUGUGGGUUUGAUUUUA